ACACAUAAUCCUGCGUCAAUGUUUUGUUUACAAUACUCUUUUAAUUAAUUUUUGAACAAGUAUUUUUAAAAAUUAUUUAAUUGUGCCGUAGAAAUGAGUAAUCCACAGGAUGAACUAUGUCCACCACCAUCAGAAGAUGAUGAGUUAACAUUGCCUAGAGCCAGUAUAAAUAAAAUCAUCAAAGAAUUGGUGCCCUCAGUCAGAGUGGCAAAUGAAAGUCGUGAACUUCUGCUAAACUGCUGCUCCGAAUUCAUUCAUCUCAUCAGCUCUGAAGCCAAUGAUGUUUGUAAUGUUCGAAAUAAAAAAACCAUAAACGCUGAACACGUUUUAGAGGCAUUAGAUCGUUUAGGGUUUCGUGAUUAUAAACAAGAGGCUGAGGCUGUAUUAAAUGAUUGCAAAGAGGUGGCUGCCAAACGCCGUCGACAAAGCACUCGUUUGGAAAACUUGGGCAUACCAGAGGAGGAACUGUUGAGACAACAGCAAGAAUUGUUUGCAAAAGCACGCGAAGAACAGGCCCAAGAGGAACAACAGCAAUGGAUAAGUAUGCAAGCAUCUGCUGUGCAGCAAAGCCGACAAAUGCAAUCCAUCGGAGAGGAUGAUGACGAAGAUGAUGACGAUUACUAGGGAAGCGAAUGAUGAUGAAGUUCUACAAAACUAGUUUAAGGUAUACCAUAGACAUAAAAAAAAACAGGAGAAAUGGAUGUCUUGUGCAAAGGCAAGAAGUUUCAUUAGACGAUUGCCUUGGUAGUUAUCAAAGGAGUUGUAAAUUGAAAAAAGACUAUAAAUAAUAAUAAAAGAAUUCUUUUGUAUGUAAAUAAAUGUAAGCGGUUUAUUUGUCCGCAGUAAUAAAAUUCAGAUAGCCCAUAUCGCUUUGAUGAACAUAGGAGAGAAAUUUCUGCACUCCACUAUGUUCCGGUAUAUGCAGCUGCCUAAAUUUUUAUAUGUA